AUGGGGACUGGAAACUAUACAGCUGUGAAAGAAUUCAUUAUUUUGGGGUUAACAGAGAAUGCUACAACUUGUGUCAUUUUAUUUAUUGUGUUUCUAGGAAUCUAUGUUGUCACCUUAAUGGGCAACAUCAGCAUAAUCAUGUUAAUCAGAAGCAGCCCUCAGCUUCACACACCAAUGUACCUUUUCCUCUGCCAUUUGGCCUUUGUAGACAUUGGUUAUUCCUCAUCAGUCACACCCGUUAUGCUCACAGGCUUCCUCAAGAAAGGAACCUCUAUCAGUGUUGCUGGUUGUACAGCCCAGCUCUGUAUUGCAGUUGCAUUUGGGACAGCUGAGUGCUUCCUGUUGGCUGCCAUGGCCUAUGAUCGCUAUGUGGCCAUCUGUUCCCCACUGCGCUACUCCACACACAUGUCCCCCAGAAUCUGCAUUCUCUUAGUGGGAAUGUCCUACUUGGGUGGGUGUGUAAAUGCUUGGACAUUCACAGGCUGUUUAUUAAGUCUAUCCUUUUGUGGACCUAAUAAAAUCAAUCACUUUUUCUGUGACUAUUCACCACUUUUGAAGCUUUCCUGUUUUCAUGAUUUUACUUCUGAAAUAAUUCCAGCCAUCUCUUCUGGUUCCAUCAUUGUGGUCACUGUGGUUAUCAUUGUUCUGUCUUAUGUCUACAUCCUUUUCUCAAUUCUGAAGAUGUGUUCCACUGAGGGACGCCAAAAAGCCUUCUCCACCUGCUCAUCUCACCUCACAGCAGUCAUCCUGUUCUAUGGGACCAUCACAUUCAUUUAUGUCAUGCCCAAGUCCAGCUACUCAACAGAACAAAACAAAGUGGUGUCUGUGUUCUACACGGUGGUGAUCCCCAUGCUCAACCCUCUCAUCUACAGUCUGAGGAACAAGGAGGUGAAAGAGGCCAUGCGAAAACUGAUGGCUAGAACAUAUUGGUGGUCCUAA